CGUCGUAGGUAUCUUUUGAAUCACUACCUUCGAUCCCAGUCAACACCAAACAAUCACGAGGUUUUUAACUCCGUUGUGUUUUCUUUCAAAGAUAAGAAAUACAUCGCUUACAAACUUUAAAGUUUAUGUCACAUGUUUUGUUUUUGGCCAAAUUCUUUCAAGAAUUAAUAAAAUUUAAAAACCGGAACACUUUUAAAGAUAGUGAGGAUGAAAGUGAACGUCGCUUCUCUUGAUAAGAUUGAGUUUUGAGGAAGAUUUAAACAUUUUACUACAUUGUUGUCGUUAGAAAGUGAGACAUUUUUCGAACAAAUGGUUUCUAUUUAAAGAUAAUCUUUCAGAAUAAAUCGGUUUUCGAAUAUAAAGUUCAACGCAACAGAUGUCUCAUCGAUUAGGACACCUUCUGACAAAAGAAGAGGAAGAUCUUUUAGUACUUCUUGAAAUCUCGCCUGGCACAUUUUGAAUUCUGAAUACCAUCAUCUCCUCCCUAACGAAGAAAAAAAAAAUUCCAGAAAAGUACCAAGGUUUUCCCGAAGUCAGGACUUUGCGCACAACUCCAGCGCACACCUCCAGCGCACAGUCCAAUAAAUCCGGACAGGCCUCAAGUUUUCGUCUCUGUACUUACAACCAUUUCGUUCUAGAUACUGCUGGGAAAAAGACAUUCAAGGUUAGGUGUCGGGAAAAAAGGAAUCUUGGAAAAGUUUCUCUCAACUUUUUUCAAUCGCUUACAGUCUCCAGGGAAGAAACUGUCUACAAUUGUUUGGGCUGUACUUUUUCGUCUGGCACAAUUGCUAAGGUUCAUAUUAUACUAUCAUCGCUAUUUGAAUGGAUGUAAGAUGUCAUGAAAGUUAUUGCUGUGCCUUUGUCACAGUUUAAUAUUUUAAUUUGAAAGUACAAAUUUGCUUCAGCAAAGACGGCGACUUCUUCCACAAGUAUGAAAGAAAAUAGACUGGUAGUUCUUGGCGCAGGGGGUGUUGGCAAAACUUCGUUAGUUGUCCAAUACCUUGAAGGCUUUUUCACAACUACGUACAAACCUACAAUAGAGGACUAUUAUCGACAUGCCAUACGGAUGCCGGAUGGUGUGUUCCAUUCAGUAGAAAUUUUAGACACUGCGGGAUCUCUCAAUUUUCCUGCUAUGCGAGAGCUUUGUAUUAAAUCUGGUAGAGGAUUCAUCUUGGUGUUUUCAGUGGAUGAUGUUCAGUCAUUUCAUGAAGCCAUGGAAAUAUGGGAAAUCAUUGUGAAACUUAGAGGCACACGAGUUCCUGUAAUCGUGGUUGGAAAUAAAACAGAUCUUGUAGAAAAGCGAAAAGUCACACAAGAAAUGGUAACAGACGCACUUAAGGAGCGAUCAGCUGUAUACAAGUACCUAGAAACUAGUGCCAAAAUGAACAUUAAUGUUGCUGAACUAUUUGUUGAACUUUUAGAAUAUGCUCGGCAGCUUGAAAAUCCAUCACCUGAACCUCAACCCUCCAGGAGGUUAAGUAGAAGACUCAGCUCAUUUGGAAACAUUAACUUGACGAUUCGCCGAAAAUCGAGCGUACCAAAAGUCAACGAAGUUAAAAAAGAAAAAGUAAAAGCGGAACCGAAAUGCAUAAUUUCAUAAAAACUUUUUAUCACAGGGUCAUUUCACAGAAAUGUAUAUGCAUCACUUUUGUUUGUCACUUGUGUCAUCCAAAAGUUUUCUUAUCGAUUGAUGUAUGUUAUAAACGUGACACAAUAUAAAAUUUAAAAUCAAUAAUGAGUAAAAAAGAUAUAUAUGCAGAAUCCUAUAUCCUUCUGAGUAAUACGGAUUAUUGAUUUUUUGAUAAAUUGAUCAAAAAUCAACAAAAGUACCUAUGAAUAGUUAUUCUUUAUGUUAAAAAAGGGUCAUUCAUAACAUUUUUAGCAAUUUAAAAAUUUUAAGUAUCAUGAAAAAAGAAGUAUGGUUAAAAAUACCAGAAUAUGGUAAAAUUUACCGUGUAUAGGCUCAAUUGGAAUACUAAAAAUCUCUGUAAUUUUUACCAAAGCGCUUUGAUAAAAUUAAAAGAAAAAUAAUGUUUUAUAGUA